AUGCGCGAUCUCUCGUUUAUGAUUGGUGAGUGGCGAGGAGUGGGCAAGGGCAUUCUCCCCCACGGCCCUGCCUUCCAAUACGAGGAGGAUCUCGUCGUCGAAAACAUUGGUCAACCAAAUUUCGCAUACUCGGCAACUUCCUACAUUAACGGUGACCCCAAGCAUAGGGAGUCAGGUUUCAUUAAGUGCCACGAGAAUGGUCAGGUGGUAUUUUGUCUUGCGGAUAAUCUCGGCACUUGUACAGUGUUGCUGGGUUCUCUGACUACCGAUGGAGAGAAGAGCAAGACGCUUAUUUUAACCUCCGACACAACGUGCCGCGCACCGUCCAACAAGGAACCCUACGUAAUCGAGGUAAGCCAAUGA